UGUGAUCUCACCAAGUCUAUUCGUACUUCACUUCAUGUUCACAAUCAACCACUUUCGACUAACUGCAUUGGCCCGCAGAACACCGUUUAUACGUUCCUACUCAAAAAAGCCCCAAGUAAUUCGACCAACUCCGAGUCAAAAUCAGAACGCUGAGCAAGAUGAUGGAGACUUCCGUCCACCAUGGGUGUACUCCGCGUCCCACAUCCUCACCUAUACCCUGAUACCUACUGCUAUAUUAUAUUGUGUCUUCCUUGCUGAUUGGGGCGAGCGGGAACAUGUCUUCUCGCCAGUGCGCAGAUGGACAACGAAAUACAAGGAAUCUUUUCUCUCUCUUUCUCCAGACGAAGCCUCCUUGAUUGAAGAGUCACAACCGCCGUCGACCACAGAACUACCGGUUACAAGAGAAAUCCAGGCAGAAGGUCGUCCUUCAUGAACGAUGCAGUUCGUUUGCCUUUGGAUCUCGAUAUCCUACCUAGUAAUGAUGAGAGAGAGAGCCAUAUGUUUAGAAGCCACCUUGUGGUAUUAGUAGUACUUGUAGUAGACAAAAAACAAAGAGAUAGCAUCUCACUUUCUAAGAAUUACACUCAAAGGAAAUGAAGAAAUGAUGGUCUG